CACACUAGUGAAACAGGAGUUGGGGCACAGCCCCCUAUUAAGUAGCAGAUUGUGGAGAGAUUCUGCCCAUUUGGAAAGAGGCUUCCUAUCUGGGACGUCCCGGGACGAACCCCCCAGCUCCUCCUCCAGAAAUCAUCACACUGCAGCCGGGGCAUCUCCGCAGAAAUCUGCACCUUCUCACAGUAACAUUAAAGUGACACAGAAAGGGGCUGUAACAUCAGGUCAUUCAUGUGCUGCUGAGGCACAGAUGGUGAUGAUAAAGAUGAGGGCGAGUGUGGUGUCUGCCUUCAUCACACUGGCACUGCUGUCAUCUGUCAAAGCCCAAGUUGUCCCUCCAUCAGAUUUAAGGUUUAAAAUUUUAAAUGAGAACACAGUACAGAUGACAUGGAGGCUGCCCAUGACAAGAAUAGAGGGCUUUAGAAUUCAAGUGGCAUCGAAUACAGAUGAACCUGUGAAAGACUUUACACUCCCUGCCACUGCAACAAAAACAUCCAUCAAAGAUUUAACCCCUGAUGUGGAUUAUGUAGUAACAAUAUCUUCAUAUUAUGGAUCAGAAGAGAGUUUACCCAUCUCUGGACAGAUUACAAUCCAGUCAAGUGGGUCUGAAGGAGGUCCCAGAAGACCACAGGUUUCUGAUGCAGUCAAAUGCUCAACCAGUGCGAUGGCAGACCUUGUCUUCCUGGUGGAUGGCUCUUGGAGUGUGGGACGAGAGAAUUUCAAGCACAUUCGGAGCUUCAUCUCAGCUGUGACAGGAGCUUUUGAUAUUGGGGAAGACAAAAGCAGAGUGGGUGUGGUUCAGUACAGCUCAGACACCCGCACAGAAUUCACCCUCAGUCAGUAUCUCAGACGGGCAGAGCUCCUCCGAGCCAUCAGCAGUUUACCUUACAAAGGAGGAGACACCAUGACAGGUGAUGCCUUGGACUAUCUGCACAAAAAUAUUUUCACUGAAACAGCUGGCACCAGGAAAGGAUACCCCAAGGUUCUUGUGGUGAUCACAGAUGGAAAAUCAGAAGACCCUGUUGAGAACUACGCAAAGAAACUGAGGGACAGUGGGGUAGAGAUAUUUACCCUAGGGAUCAAAGAGGCGGAUGAGGAAGAGUUAAGGCAAAUGGCUUCCACUCCGUACAACACACAUGUCUACACUGUUCCCAACUUUGAUCUGAUUAAGAAUGUACAGAAAUCCCUCACCACACAAGUUUGCGCUGGAGUAGAGGAGCAGUUAAGCUCACUGGCCAGUGGCGAAGAAGUGGUGGAACCAGCCUCAAACCUGCAGGUGACAGAGGUGGCCUCUAAGUCUAUGCGAGUGACGUGGGAUGCUUCUCUGGGCGAAGUGACAGGAUAUAAGAUACAGCUGCUUCCCAUGCUUGCGGGUAGCACACGGCAGGACCUUUAUGUUGGACCCACUCAAACCUCUGUGAACGUGAGAGGUUUGACCCCAGAAACCGAGUAUGAAAUCAGCCUGUUCGCCUUGAAGGGCCUGACCCCCAGUGAGCCGGUCACAGCCAUGCAAAAGACUCAGCCUAUCAAAGUCUCGUUAGAAUGUUCUCUUGGAGUAGAUGUUCAGGCUGAUGUCGUCCUUCUGGUUGAUGGCUCAUACAGUAUAGGCCUGGCCAAUUUUGCAAAAGUGAGAGAGUUCUUGGAGGUCCUGGUCAACUCUUUCGACAUUGGGCCAAACAAGGUUCAGAUCAGCCUGGUGCAGUACAGCAGGGACCCCCACACUGAGUUUUACCUGAACACACAUCAUGAUCACAGUGCAGUGGUUAAAGCGGUGAGGACCUUUCCAUACAGAGGUGGUUCCACCAAUACCGGCAAAGCCAUGACCUACGUGAGAGAGAAGAUCUUUAUCUCAAACCGAGGAGCUCGUACUAACGUUCCUCGAGUGACGAUCCUCAUCACUGAUGGAAAAUCUUCAGAUGCUUUCAAAGAUCCAGCCACCAAACUGAGGAACAGUGAUGUGGAGAUAUUUGCUGUUGGAGUGAAGGAUGCGGUGAGGUCAGAACUGGAAGCCAUUGCAAACCCUCCUGCAGAAACCCAUGUCUACACUGUUGAGGACUUUGAUGCCUUCCAAAGGAUUUCCAAAGAACUGACACAGUCUAUAUGUCUGCGCAUUGAGCAAGAGCUGGUAAACAUCAACAGAAAAAGAUUGAUUUCACCCAACUCCCUGAGCUUUUCUGAAAUUACGUCCAGAAGCUUCCGGGCCACAUGGGCCACAGAUGCGGUCAAUGUUGAGUCCUAUCUGGUCCAGUAUAAGCCUGCUGAGGAUCCAAGUGCAGCGUACAUCUCUGUUUCAGUACCUGGAGACACCACAACAACAACGUUAUUACAUCUCACCCCCGUCACGAAGUAUGAGGUCAACGUGUCUGCCCACUAUGAUAAAGGAGAGAGCUUUCCUAUCUCUGGAUUUGAGACUACACUAGAAGAACAAGGAACUGUGCGUAACCUCCGAGUGUCUGAGGAGACCACAGACAGUUUGCGUGUGUCAUGGGCUGCUGCUCCAGGCCCAGUGGUCAGAUAUAGACUCACCUAUGUGCCAGUCAGAGGUGACAGUGCAAUGCUGGAGGCGGCCACAGCGGGCAGUGAAACCAGCAUCGUCCUGCAACAGCUUUUCCCCAUCACCACCUACAGAGUGAGUGUGGCAGCUGAAUACCCAUCAGGCACUGGGGCAAAGAUGCACAUCGAUGGCACGACUAAAGAAGUGCGAGGCUCUCCACGGAACCUGCAAGUGUUUGAUGAGACACUGUCCUCCAUGCGUGUGACCUGGGAGGCUGCUCCAGGCCAGGUACAGCGGUAUGUGGUGUCCUAUCGGCCUACUUCAGGAGGAGAGAUGAAAGAAGUAACAGUGAGCGGAGGGAACACCGAAACUGUGCUCAAAAACUUGCAACCAGACACUGAAUACCAGCUGGCAGUCAGAGCUCAAUACUCCUCUGGCCUCGGUCAGCCACUGGAAGGCACCGGCACCACACUGGAAGAAUUGGGCUCCCCCAGAGACCUGAUAACCAGUGACGUGACAGACAGCAGCUUUAUGGUGUCUUGGUCUGCCGCCCCGGGGCGGGUAAGACAAUACCGUGUUCGCUGGAAGUCCCAGUUCAGUGAUGAAUCUGGAGAGAAGAUGGUUCCUGGAGAUGUGACCAGCACUCUGCUGGAGGGCCUGAGCUCAGAGACACGUUACCAGGUGUCUGUCUUCGCCUCCUAUGGCCUCGGAGAGGGAGAGCCACUAGUCGGAGAGGAGACCACUGAUGCUUCUGCUGCUGCCAAAGCACUGACGGUGUUCGAUGAGACUGAGAAGACAAUGAAAGUGAGGUGGAGGGCUGCGCCAGGAAGAGUGCUGAGCUACAGGGUGACGUACUCGCCCCAGUUAGGCGGCAAGGAGAUGACCAUUAAAGUGCCACAUAACACAACCACAGCAUUCCUGAAGCGACUGCAGCCCAUGACCACCUAUGACAUCACCGUCCACCCCAUCUACAAGCGAGGAGAAGGCAAAGCAAGGCAAGGAGUAGGAACCACACUGUCUCCUUACAAAGCGCCAAGAAACUUGCAGACAUCAGAACCAACUAAGACUAGUUUCCGUGUUACAUGGGACCCUGCACCCGGUAAUGUUCGAGGGUACAAGGUCUCUUUUCACCCUAUUGAUAAUGAGUUAUUCCUGGAAGAGAUGCAAGUUGGACCCUACGACAACACAGUCGUCCUAGAAGAGCUCAGAGCAGGAACUAAGUACUCGGUGGCAGUGUUUGGAAUGUUUGAUGGAGGCCAGAGUUUGCCAUUGGCAGGAGAAGAGAUGACCACCCUUGUUGACCCACCUGAACCACCACCCAUGGACCCUCCUGAUGCGCAGUGUAAAACUUCAGCCAAAGCUGAUAUAAUCCUGCUUGUGGAUGGAUCCUGGAGUAUUGGCCGCGUAAACUUUAAGACCAUCCGUUCGUUCAUCGCUCGUAUGGUGGGAGUCUUCGACAUUGGCCCUGACAAGGUUCAGAUUGGUUUGGCUCAGUACAGUGGAGACCCCAAGACUGAAUGGCACCUCAAUGCACAUCCAACCCGCGAAUCCCUACUGGCAGCUGUGGCCAACCUACCUUACAAAGGCGGAAAUACUAUGACAGGUCUGGCCUUGAGCUACAUCCUGCAGAACAACUUCAAACCAAAUGUUGGUCUCCGGCCUGACUCGCGUAAGAUCGGCGUCCUUAUUACUGACGGCAAAUCUCAGGAUGAGAUUAUACUCAGCUCCCAGAGUCUGCGGAGUGAGGGCAUCGAGCUUUAUGCCGUUGGUGUGAAGAAUGCUGAUGAGAAUGAGUUGAGGUCCAUUGCUUCUGACCCGGAUGAAAUCCACAUGUACAACGUAAACGAUUUCUCCUUCCUGCUGGACAUUGUGGAUGAUCUUACAGUGAAUCUCUGUAACAGUGUCAAAGGACCAGGAGGAGGCCCAGGGACACCAACAGACCUAGUGACUUCAGAGGUGACCCACUACUCAUUCCGGGCCACCUGGAUGCCUCCCGAUGAGCCUGUGGAGAGAUUCCGCAUUGAAUAUGUCCCACUAGCUGGAGGCAAAACUGAAGUGAUGUAUGUGGAUGGGGAGGAGAACACUCUCGUGCUGACUAACCUGACCCCCAUGACUGAGUACGUUGUCAACGUCUUCUCUGUGAUUGGAGAGGAAAGCAGUGAGCCUCUCAAAGGCACAGAAACCACCUUGCCCCUGCCUGCAGUGAAGCGCAUGACUGUGUAUGACGAGGCUUUGACCAGCAUGCGUGUGAAGUGGGAGAAGGCGGCCGGUGCCACCGGCUACAUGCUGCUGUACAGCGCCAUCAACGCCACUGUGCCCACCGUAGAGAAAGAGAUGAGAGUUCAGGCAGAUGUGAACGAUGUCCAGCUGCUACAGCUGGUCCCCAACACAGCCUACACACUUUCCCUGUUUGCCCUUCAUGGGGAAGCAGCCAGCGAUCCCCUCACGGACCAGGGAGUUACCUUACCUCUGCCUCCUGCGGGUAAGUUGCGGAUCACAGAUGUGACCCACAGCUCCUUCCGUUUAUUCUGGGAUGCAGCUCCAGGAAAUGUCAGAAAGUACAUGAUCACCUACAAGCCUGAGGGUGGAGAUGUGAAAGAGGAUGAGGUUAUGGGUGAUAUCACAACCCUGCUUCUCACUGGCCUUCGUUCUCAAACCGAAUACGAUGUUGCUGUGACUCCCGUUUAUGAUGAAGGUCCAGGAAGCACAAUGAUUGGCAGCGAGAUUACAGAUGUGGUUCCUGCCCCAAAGAACUUGCGUUUUUCUGAGGUGACACAGACAUCAUUCAGAGUCACAUGGGAACACGGAGCCCCAGAUGUAGCCUUGUAUCGAGUUGGCUGGACCAAGAAAGGAGAGAACAACUUCCAAUAUGAUAUCUUGUCCAAUGAAGAAACCACUCGUGUCCUCACUGAGCUGAACCCGGACACUCUGUAUGAUGUUACAAUCACAGCCAUUUACCCAGAUGAGUCUGAGAGCGAGGAUUUGAUGGGCAGUGAACGCACAUUGUCAAAGAUCAGUACUCCUGCUCCCAUCGGACCUCCUCAGAACCUGCAGGUGUUCAAUGCCACCACCACCACGCUGACUGUAAAGUGGGAUCACGCCCCAGGCCCCGUGCAGAACUACAAAAUCAACUUCCAGCCAGUGGCUGGUGGAAAAACUUUGUCUACCCAAGUUGGGGGAAAGAAGAACAGUGUUAUUCUUCAGAAGCUCACUCCUGACACUCCUUAUUCCAUCACCGUCGCUGCCGUCUAUGGCAGCGGAGAGAUCCGGGACAUAUCUGGCCAAGGAAAGACAAAGCCAUUAGGUGGAGUGAGGAACCUCCAGGUUCUAAAUCCCACCAUGACCACACUGAAUGUACGCUGGGAGCCGGCAGAAGGAAAAGUGAAAGAAUACAAAGUCCUUUAUGUUCCUGCAGCCGGUGGUGCUGAGAGCAUGGUAGGACUGGAGCAGGUAUCCGGGACCACCACCAACACAGUUCUGAGAGGCCUGCAGUCUGACACACUCUACACUGUCACUGUCUACCCAGUGUAUGCUGAGGGCGAAGGAAAGAGGAUGUCAGAAAAUGGAAAGACAAGACCCUUGGGUGGAGUGAAGAAUCUAAGAGUCACUGACCCCACCAUGACCUCUCUCAAUGUGAAGUGGGAACCUGCUGAUGGAGCUGUGCGCCAGUACAAAAUCUUCUUUGUCCCCGCAGCCGGAGGCACUGAAGAAAUGGAACAAGUUCCUGGGACCACAACCAGCAUUGUACUGAGGAACCUUCAGCCAAAUACGGUGUACACCGUAUCCUUGGUGCCAGUGUACCCAGCUACUGAGGGUAGACGCCAGUCUGAGAAUGGAAAAACCUUGCCUCUUGGUGGAGUGAGGAACCUCCGGCUCACUGAUGCCACCUUCACCACUCUUACAGCUAGAUGGGAGGCUGCUGAUGGGAAUGUUCAGGGAUACAAAGUCAUCUAUGUUCCCACAGAUGGGGGACCUGAACUCAUGGAACAAGUGUCUGAAAGUACUACAACUUUGGUGAUGAAAAGCCUGAAGCCAGACACUUUCUACACGGUUACGGUGUUGCCAGUUUAUGCUGAAGGAGAUGGCCCACGACUUUCUGAGAAAGGGAAGACAAAACCUCUGGGUAGUGUAAGGAACCUGCGGGUUACAGAUCCAACCAUAAAAACUCUUAAUGUUCGCUGGGACCCGGCUGAGGGCACUGUGAGAGAGUACAUUGUCAUCUACGCACCGGCAGCUGGUGGAGAACAAGAUGUGGAAGAAGUGUCUGGGACCACAACCAGCACCAUACUUAAAAAUCUGGAGCCUGAUACAGAGUACACUGUCACUGUGGUGCCCGUUUACCAUGAGAUGGAAGGCAAUCGUUUAUCAGAAAACGGAAGGACAAAACCCCUGGGUGGAGUUCAGAAUCUAAAGGUAACAGAUCCAACUUCCAGCACCUUGACAGUACGCUGGGAUCAUGCUGAUGGAAACCCUCGUAACUACAAGGUCUUUUACGUGCCACAGCCAGGAACAGAGGAGAAAAUGGAACAAGUUUCUGGCAGUACCACCACAACUAUCUUACGUAAUCUAAAUCCCAACACUGUGUACAAAGUCUCAUUGCUACCCAUAUAUGAGAAAGAUGUGGAGGGCAAACGUCAGUCUGAAAAUGGGAAGACAAAGCCCUUGGGGACGGUGAAGAACCUUCAAGUGACAGAUCCGACUGUUAACUCUUUGAGGGUGCGCUGGGACGCAGCCGACGGAGAUGUCCGCCAGUACAACGUAUAUUACGUUCCUGCUGCAGGAGGCACUGAGAGCAUGACUCAAGUGUCUGGAGUAUCAACCAACACAAUUUUGAGGAACCUGCAACCAGACACAGAGUACAAGGUCUCCGUGGUGCCAGUGUAUCCAGACAUGGAAGGAAAAAGACAGUCAGCGAAUGGAAAGACAAAGCCUUUGGGUGGGGUGAAGAACCUGCAGGUGACUGAUCCAACCACUAGCUCACUGCGGGUGCGCUGGGAACCUGCUGAAGGAAAUGUGCGCCAAUACAGACUCUUCUACGUCCCUGCUUCCGGAGGGGCUGAAGACAUGGAGCAAGUGUCUGGGGGCACGACCAACACUAUUCUGAGGAACCUCCUGUCAGAUACAGUCUACACUGUAACUGUAGCUCCAGUGUAUCCUGAGGGAGAGGGCCUCCGGCUUUCAGAGAAGGGAAAGACACUUCCUCGUACCCCACCCAGGAACAUCCAGGUUUACAACCCCACCCCCAACAGCCUAAAUGUGCGCUGGGAACCUGCCUCAGGCCAGGUGCAGCAGUACAAGGUUGUCUACGCGCCUCUUAGUGGAGUCCGACCAUCUGAGUUUGUUUUGGUUCCAGGCAACAUCAACAACGCAUUUCUGGAUCAGCUCAUCCCUGACACGCCAUACUCUGUGAAUGUCUUGGCGGUUUAUGCAGAUGGAGAAGGACCACAAGUCAAAGGAAAUGGAAAAACAUUGCCACGGGCCGGACCUAGGAACAUGCGUGUGUUUGAUGCCACCACCAGUACUCUUAGUAUCGGCUGGGACCACGCUGAAGGUCCUGUACAGCAGUACAAGAUUGCUUAUGCCCCAUUGACUGGAGACCCCAUCACUGAGUUUACUGUUGUUCCUGGAAACAGAAACAAUGCCAUGCUCCAAAACCUGCUCCCUGAAACCCCCUACAACAUCACAGUGCAGGCCAUUUAUGCGGACGGAGCAGGAGGCUCUCUAGCUGGAAAUGGGAAAACACUUGGCCUUUUGGAGCCCAGAAAUCUGCGUAUUUCUGAUGAAUGGUACACCCGCUUCCGUGUGGCCUGGGACCCUGCUCCAGCUCCAGUGAUGGGCUACAAACUGGUCUACCAGCCUACAGAUACAGAUGAGUCCUUGGAGGUGUUUGUUGGGGACGUUACCUCCUACACUCUUCACAACCUGCUCCCUGGAACGACAUAUGAUGUGAAAGUGUUUGCUCAGUACGAUGCUGGUCUUAGUAAAGCGCUAAUGGGACAGGGAACAACAUUAUACCUCAAUGUGACCAACCUGGAAUCGUACGAUGUUGGCCAUGACAAAUUCUGCAUCAAGUGGACGCCUCACAGAGCUGCUACUUCCUACAGGAUUAAACUGAACCCUCUCGAUCCGGCAGCCAAAGGACAGCAGGAGAUCACCAUCACGGCAGCUCAGAGUCACUACUGCUUUGAUGGCCUAAGUCCAGACUCACUGUACAAUGCCACUGUGUUUGUACAGACUCCGAACCUUGAAGGACCUGGAGUCAGCACUAAAGAACGCACAUUGGUCAAACCAACACCUGUGCCAACCCUGCCCCCAACUCCUCCACCUCCACCCACCAUUCCUCCUGGCUGGGCAGUCUGCAAAGGUGCCAAGGCAGAUGUGGUGUUCCUCAUUGAUGGAUCGUGGAGUAUUGGUGAAGAUAGCUUCCACAAAGUGCUAAAGUUCGUCUUCAGUAUCAUGGGAGCCUUUGAUGUUAUCGGGCCAUCAGGAAUGCAGGUGUCUUUCGUGCAGUACAGUGAUGAUGCCAAGACAGAGUACAAGCUCAACACUUACAAUGACAAGGGCACUGCGCUGGCAGCCACACAACUCAUCAACUACAAAGGAGGAAACACAAAAACAGGCAUUGCUCUGAAACAUGUACACGAAAAGGUGUUUGCUUCAGACAAUGGAAUGAGGAGGAAUGUCCCUAAGGUUGUGGUUGCAGUUACUGAUGGACGCUCUCAGGAUGAAGUGAAGAAAAAUGCUGCCAAGCUGCAGCAUGCUGGUUACAGUGUGUUUGUGGUCGGCGUGGCUGAUGUGGACUAUGCUGAACUCCAGGACAUUGGAAGCAAGCCAAGUGAACGACACAUCUUUGUUGUGGAUGAUUUUGAUGCCUUUGCCACGAUACAAGAGAAUCUGGUCACCUUCAUCUGUGAGACUGCAUCAUCCUCUUGUCCUUUGAUCUUCGUGAAUGGCUUUACAUCGCCAGGUUUCAGAAUGCUGGAGGCUUUCAAUCUGACUGAAAAGAUGUACGCUUCUACCAAGGGAGUGUCCAUGGAGCCAGGUUCCUUCAACAGCUACACAGCCUACAGGCUUCACAAAGACGCAUUCCUCAGUCAACCUUCAGUAGACAUCCAUCCUGAUGGUCUGCCUGCAGCUUACACCAUCAUCUUGAUGUUCCGACUUCUCCCUGACUCACCAAAACAGGCCUUUGACAUCUGGCAGGUCUCAGACAAGAACCACAAACCUGAGGUUGGCGUCACCAUUGAUCCCUCCAGCCAGACUGUAGCAUUUUAUAACAAGGACACGCGGGGAGAGAUACAGAAGGCCACAUUUGACAAUCAUCAAGUGAAGAAAAUCUUCCAUGGAAGCUUCCACAAGCUUCACAUCCUCGUCUCCUCCAAGAGUGUCAGACUGAACGUAGACUGCAAGGAAGUGGCUGAGAAGGAAAUUAAGGAAGCUGGCAAUACAUCCGCAGAUGGUUAUCAAGUACUAGGAAAAAUGUCCAAAUCCAUUGGCUCUAAAGGGGAAUCGGCAACAUUCCAGAUCCAGAUGUUCGAUAUUAUCUGUAGCCUGGGCUGGACGAGUCGGGACAGAUGUUGCGACCUUCCUUCAAUGAGAGAUGAGGCCAAGUGUCCACCUCUUCCCAAUGCCUGCACAUGCACCUCAGACAGCUCAGGACCUCCUGGAACGCAGGGACCUGUGGGCGCACCUGGUAGCAAGGGACCUCGAGGAGAAAAAGGAGAACAAGGCCAGUCUGGUCCAAUUGGACCUCGUGGAGAAAUGGGACCACAAGGACCAAUGGGUCUUCCCGGACCCCAGGGACCCAGUGGACUUUCCAUGCCAGGAGAGGCCGGCCGUCCAGGACCGAAAGGUGAUCCUGGUGAUGCUGGACUACCUGGGCAAAAAGGUCCUCCUGGUCCGGCUGGUGCUGUCGGACCUAUGGGACCUCCUGGUGUGAGGGGACCUCCAGGAAAAGAGGGAACUGCUGGACCCAGAGGACCACAAGGAACAAUGGGACCACCUGGACCUCCUGGAAUGCAAGGCCCUUCAGGACAGCCUGGAAAGUCUGGUGAAAAUGGUGUUCCAGGACCCUCUGGUCUGAAGGGAGACAAGGGUGAAAGAGGUGAUCUUGCCUCUCAGGGCAUGAUGCGUUCCAUUGCCAGACAAGUCUGUGAACAGCUAGUCAACAGUCAGAUGAGUCGUGUCAGUGACAUGCUGAACCAGAUUCCCAGCGACAUGCGUAGUAACAGUCCCGGACCCUCAGGACCACCAGGGCCACCUGGUCAUCAAGGGGUACGUGGAGAGCCUGGAAGGAUAGGCCGAAGCGGCUUCCCAGGAACCCCAGGAUUACCUGGCCGACAGGGAGACAGAGGCCCAUCUGGAGAAAAGGGUGAGAGAGGAAGUCCUGGGGUUGGAGAGAGAGGACAGAGAGGCAUGCCUGGACCACCUGGCCUUCCAGGUGAGUCUAGAACAGGCCCUACAGGCCCUAGCGGAGCUUCAGGCCCUCGCGGGCCUCCUGGCCGUAAUGGUGUCCCUGGCCCCAGGGGCCCACCUGGUCCUCCUGGGUACUGUGACUCCUCCCAGUGUGUAGGUAUCCCCUACAAUGGACAGGGAUACAGAGGUUCAUAAGCAUUCUAAAGCGCCUGUGCUGCUUUUCACGCUGAAAUCGUGAGAAAGGCCUGAUUCUGAGCUUUGUGCUCGUACAUGUUGAUGAAUUCUGAGGAUAACCACCAAGGAAGCGACUAACGAACACUAUUGAAAACAAUAGAAAAAAGAGAAACAAACACAUGCAACAAAGAAAAAAAACAAACAAAUAGUGGACUGGUACUAACAACAAUUCACAGCAAUUAAAACCUCCAAAGCAGCGGGUGAUGGCAGCAACGUAGUGGCCUGUCUGCACCUUGAAGUCAAACAGCAGACAGGCAGGUGGAGCAGCAUGAUGCAAAAACUACAACAGCAGCAGCAACAACACCACCACUUACUAACCAAGAGGAUUUGUAGCCAAAAUGACAGUUAUUUAACCUGUUAACUUUCAUUUUUAUCUGUAAAUAAACUAAUUGUGCCUUGUAAAUGGACCCAAAUCCACUAAAUUAGUUUUUAACACCAAUAGUGAGCUUGUGCAUUGUAUCCUGCUGUUUGCUGAAUGCCAACAUGAAUGCCUCUUUGUUUUAUACUAUGUGCCUUAAUUGUACCCUCAGACUUGCUCAGGGGUGAUUUGAAGCAUGUGCCUUUUUGUAUAAGUGACCCUGGAGGUUUAAAAAAAAUCCCUAUUUGUACACACAGAUGUACUUUUUGAAAUGAUCUUAUUCUCUUUUUUAGCUGAAAUUGCUUUCUUACAGCCAGCUGUAGCUCAUUUGUGUUACAUGAGGACCGGCCCUCUUCAAGCUGGAUUAGUUUUUCCAGGGGAAGUACUUGAAGUGCUGACCAAGGAGACCAUGGAUUUUAAUCCAGUAUGAAUCUGCACGGUGUGAUUAGGCAUUACAGUCUAAAAGGAAAUAUCUGUAGAGUGGUUUAAAUCCAGUAUGAAUCUGCAGUGUGUGCAUAGGUGUUACAGUAUAGAUGAACUUCUGUAAAGAGGUUCUCCCAAUAAUAUUAGUCCUGUUCCAGUCCACCUCAUGCAAACAUGUAAAACCUGUUAAUACACACUGCAAUGUAUUAUAUUAUAAUGACUGGAAUAACGCAGACAUGAACUUUUACACUCUUACACUGCACAGAGGCUUCUGGAAAAACUAAUCCAGCCACAAUAGGGUUUUACUUGAUUUUUGACGAUCUCAGUUAAAUUAAGUUUUACCAGUGUCUCAGAGUAGAGGAAAAGUGCUGAGCUGUUAACUUCUACUCUCUAUCAGUCUCUUCUAACUCACGUUUUUCCCUUCCCACACGUCUCUGCUGUGGUUUUAGUUUAGUGGUUGUGGCAUUACAGCACUGACAGACGUAACACAAUGCUCGUUUUGCUCUUUUUGCUUUGUUGACUUUGAGUGUAAUGUUACUCCCAUGCUCAACUGGCCACAACCAUAUUUCCAAGCAGAGCCGCUUCCACGUGAGCCCCAACUGCAUGUAGUCCCAAUACCUGAGGAAGACUAUGAGCUUUCACCCAACGAACGCCGCAAGAGAUCGCUAUCCAGAAGACAGUCAAGAUGGAUAAAAUCCUAAACAACUAUAAAAAAAUCCUUUGCAUAUAUGUAAAGUUGCUUUCACAAAUGCCACUAUGAAGAUCUAUGACACUUGAUAUUACAGAGGUACAUUUUUCUCAUUUCUGUUUUUUGGUUCUAUAUUUUUUUUUAUGUUUUUUUUUUUAAACCAUAAAAAAGUAUGUGUGGAUACAGCAGGGUAGGUUGCAAGUGACGAAAUCCAGAGUUUUUGGCCAACUUGCUCUUUAUCUGCUCCCCUCGUGUGCUUGUAAAAUAUCUGCUUCAUUAAAUACUUACAACAUUAGAGUUAUUAAUGUGUCACUUAUGCUAAAUCUCAGCAGUGAUGCUGGUAGUUACACGCUUGCCACAGGAAGGCCUUUACACUCACCCAUGCUUUUAAAUUUACAUUCACGAAAUGCUUUAUUCAUCACGGAUCAUAACGAGUGUCUUAUACACACUCUCAUAUGCAUCAGUCAUUCAUUUUAUGAGCUUUCAUCUCCUGAGAAAUGUUCGUUUUUGUCAUCAUCUGCAGUAUGGUAACACAUGGCCUCCAUUACUUUAUCCUAAAUCAAACAUUUAUCAGUUUCCUAGUAUCAACUCACAGCUGAUUUUACCAAAAGUGGAAUUGCAUGUCUGUGGUGUAUAUUUAGUACAUUUGUCGGUUUUCAUUUUUUUUUCUUUUUAAAAUCAGAAUAUAGUUGUUGUCAUUGUUGUUUUAUCAGUAUCAAUCGCAGUUGGCAUUUGUGUGCAAGACUAUGGAUAUAGUAUUGCUGCUUCAUGUUUAAAACUGCAAAUUGUGAAUUCCACAGCCUUAUUUUCUUAUUUAUUUCUGAAACAGAGGAGGCAUUUUUCAAUAAAACUACUGAAAAUAUAA